AUGGGCGAAUCAUGAAUGAAAUAUAAAGCCAGCAAAUCGUUAAAUACUACAUGCCUUUACAAGCGGGGACCUGGCUAUACGGAUUUGCGAAUGAUCUCGUGCGUCCGUACCUUGUUAAAUGACCCACGAUGUGUAGUGUGUAAGUGGCAGUGUACGGACCCCCACGGCCUCUUCGUUCCACCAACCACUGCCCAUCGGGCGUCGUUCCCCGCUCCCAACACGCCGACGAACCCUCAACAUCCAAAGACUGUUUUGUAACGCCUCUUGCCAACCUACCUUUUAUCGACUGAAUAAUUACGAUAUCGACUCCUGGUGGUUGACCUUCACAAUGGAUGAACGCGCCAGAAUCCCCGUCUCCCUCCCAUGCGCCAACCCGACAGUCAGCUACUGGCAAGACCCGCCCGAUGAACUCGCCGACCACCGCAGCACGGCCGAACUCCCUGAUACCGCCGACACGGUAAUCAUUGGUAGCGGUAUUACCGGGGCUGCCGUGGCAUGGGGUUUGUUGCAGGGCCCGAACCCGGGUAGCAUCCUGAUGCUCGAGGCCCGACAAGCCUGCUCAGGCGCCACGGGGCGGAACGGCGGGCACACCAAAGCAGCCAGCUACCGCACCUUCGCCCACCACACCCAAUCCCACAGCCGCGCCAUCGCCAAACAGAUCGCGCGCCUCGAGCUGCGCAACAUCCGCGCCGUGCACGCCUUCGCCCGCGCCCACGCCGUCCCGUGCGACCUGCACCCCUGUGACACGCUGGACGUGGUGUACGACCCGGCCGAGUGGGCGGCUGCGCGGGAGGGGGUGGCGGCGUUGAGGGCGGCUUUUCCUCCUUUCCCUUCUGAUAGGCGGUACACGCUGUACUCGCGCGAGGAGGUCCUGCGCCGGUUUCCCGUGCAUGAUGGGGUGUUUGAGGGGCGGGAGGAGCGCGUGCAGGGCGGGGUCGGGUACUUCGCUGGCUCGCUUUCGGCGUACAAGUUCGGGAUCGGGGUCCUGAGGGCGUGUGUCGAGAGGGGACUGAAUCUGCAGACGGGCACGGCGGUGACGGGGCUUGUUGCUGUUUCUCCUGCUGCUGCGGCUGCUGCUGGGAAAGAGAGAUGGGAAGUGAGCACGGAGAGGGGGGUGGUUAGGGCCGGGCGGGUGGUGCUCGCCACCAACGGGUAUACGGCCGGCGUGUGGCGGCAGUUCCAAGGCGCGGUUGUCCCGCUCCGCGGACAGGUCACAGCACAGAGGCCCGGGCAGGGAAUGCCGGCCGGUGGGUGUUUGGAUAGGACGUACAGUUUUAUUUAUGGGAGAGGCUAUGAAUACAUGGUCUCGCAACCGGAGGGAUCGAGGUUCGCGGGGGACAUUGUCAUGGGAGGCGGUCUGGCGAGGGCACAGGAGGAAGGGUUGAUGGAAUACGGGACGACGGAUGAUGGCGCGAUGAACGGGGAAAUCAGUCAGUAUCUGAGAGAAACGACGGAGCGGUAUUUUGGACCUGACUGGGGGGAAGAUGACCCGGACGGACGGGUGAGGAGCGAGUGGACUGGUAUCAUGGGAUUCAGCCCGGAUGGGUUCCCGUUUGUGGGGGAAGUGCCUGGGGAGAGCGGGCUGUGGACCAGCUGCGGCUUUCAGGGGCACGGCAUGGUUUUGUGCUGGGAGUGCGCCAGAGCCCUGGUAGAGAUGAUGGAGGGCCGGGAUGGUGAGGAGCUGAGGGAGUGGUUCCCUGACGUCUUUCGAAUUACCCAAGAGAGGAUGGCCCAGAGGUUUCGGGGGCGCUUGGACGCGAUUCCGAAGGAUGGGGAGAGUAACUAAAGGUUCGGAAAACAGAUCGUCGGGAAAAAAAGAUCAUCACAUUCUUGUUGUUCUCUACGGACACGUACGAAGUACGCCCAUACCUUGACCUGGACAAACCGUACCGCGUGUUUGAACUGACAAAGGGACUCUCACUGCUCUUGAGUGAAUGCUUCCCGAUCCGCUGAUCCGGGAAAAUCAAACGGGGGUGCCCGGACCCCAGAGGCCAAAUGCCGCCUCGACGGCUGGCUGGUUCACGACACGGUCACCAUUGCAACAACGAAGCAGGCAGGAAACUGUCUUGACUGGACGUCAGCUUCCCGUCAAUGCCCGCCAGUCCCCAUCGAGCCAGUGGUGGGGUUGCCUUCGGCGGGUUGAGCGCUGCCGGGUUUCGCUCUGCCGUGCUGAAUAUGGG